AGCUGGGGGGCUGUUAGGACAGGGGAGCUGGGAUCGGGAUGGGAACAUAAGAACGGCCGUACUGGGUCAGACCAAUGGUCCUCUAGCCCAGUAUCCUGUCUACCGACAAUGGCCAAUGCCAGGUGCCCCAGAGGGAGCGAACCUGACAGGUUUGGGGGUGGAUGCUGUCUCCCCCAUCUCAGAAGGAACUGGAGUAGUCUGGAGCCAUGCCACCGCCUGCGGACAUUGUUAAAGUGGCUGUUGAAUGGCCUGGAGCCAAUGCCCAGCUGCUUGAAAUAGACCAGAAAAGGCCCCUGGCGUCUGUUAUCAAGGAGGUCUGUGAUGGGUGGUCGCUGCCAAACCCUGAAUACUAUACCCUGCGAUAUGCAGAUGGGCCCCAGCUGUACAUCACAGAACAGACUCGUUGUGACAUUAAAAAUGGGACCAUCCUGCAGCUGGCUGUCUCCCCGUCCAGGGCAGCACGACAGCUGAUGGAGAGGACCCAGUCACACAGUAUGGAGGCCCGACUGGAUGCCAUGAAGGAACUGGCUAAACUGUCUGCAGAUGUGACCUUUGCCACAGAGUUCAUCAACAUGGAGGGCAUCACGGUGCUGACGCGGCUGGUGGAAAGUGGCACCAAGCUUCUGUCCCAUUACAGCGAGAUGCUGGCGUUCACCCUGACUGCCUUCCUGGAGCUCAUGGACCAUGGCAUCGUCUCCUGGGACAUGGUCUCAAUAACCUUCAUCAAACAGAUUGCAGGAUACGUGAGUCAGCCCAUGGUGGACGUCUCUAUUCUUCAGCGAUCCCUAGCCAUCCUAGAGAGCAUGGUGCUGAACAGCCAGACUCUGUACCAGAAGAUAGCGGAGGAGAUAACUGUGGGGCAGCUCAUCUCUCACCUCCAGGUCUCAAACCAGGAGAUUCAGACGUAUGCCAUUGCCCUGAUCAAUGCCCUCUUCCUGAAGGCACCUGAGGACAAGAGACAGGACAAGCUCCUUAACCCGCUAGACCUGCCUGUCACUGAAAUGGCUAAUGCGUUUGCCCAGAAGCACCUGAGGUCUAUAAUCCUGAAUCAUGUGAUCAGAGGAAACCGCCCAAUCAAAACAGAAAUGGCGCAUCAGCUGUACGUGCUGCAGGUCCUGACCUUUAACCUCCUGGAAGAGCGGAUGAUGACCAAGAUGGAUCCCAAUGAUCAGGCACAAAGAGACAUCAUAUUUGAGCUGAGAAGAAUCGCUUUUGAUGCAGAGUCUGAUGGCAACACCGUACCUGGGGGCGGGACAGAGAAACGCAAAGCCAUGUACACCAAGGACUACAAGAUGCUGGGAUUCACUAAUCACAUCAAUCCAGCCAUGGACUUUACCCAGACUCCCCCAGGGAUGCUGGCUUUGGACAACAUGCUCUACUUGGCCAAAUUCCAUCAGGACACCUACAUAAGGAUUGUCCUGGAAAACAGCAGUCGGGAGGACAAGCAUGAGUGCCCGUUUGGGCGCAGCGCCAUUGAGCUCACCAAGAUGCUGUGUGAAAUCCUGCAGGUUGGGGAGCUCCCCAAUGAGGGCCGGAACGACUACCACCCCAUGUUCUUCACCCAUGACCGAGCAUUUGAGGAGCUCUUUGCCAUCUGCAUCCAGCUGCUAAACAAGACCUGGAAGGAGAUGAGAGCAACGGCAGAGGAUUUCAACAAGGUGAUGCAGGUUGUACGUGAGCAGAUCACCCGGGCUCUGCCCUCCAAACCCAACUCCUUGGACCAGUUCAAGAGCAAGCUGCGCAGCCUAAGCUACUCUGAGAUCCUGCGACUGCGCCAGUCUGAGAGAAUGAGCCAAGAUGACUUUCAGUCACCACCCAUUGUGGAGCUGAGAGAGAAAAUCCAGCCUGAGAUCCUGGAGCUGAUAAAACAGCAGCGUCUGAACCGGCUUUGCGAGGGAAGCAGCUUCCGAAAAAUUGGGAAUCGCAGGCGACAAGAGAGAUUCUGGUACUGUCGUCUGGCCUUGAACCACAAGGUUCUACACUACGGAGACCUGGAAGACAACGCCCAGGGCGAAGUGACCUUCGAGUCGCUGCAGGAAAAAAUCCCUGUAGCAGACAUCAAGGCCGUCGUCACAGGGAAGGACUGUCCACACAUGAAGGAGAAAAGUGCACUGAAGCAGAACAAGGAAGUGUUGGAAUUGGCCUUCUCGAUAUUGUAUGAUCCUGAUGAGACACUGAACUUCAUUGCACCUAAUAAGUAUGAGUACUGUAUCUGGAUCGAUGGACUCAAUGCCCUCCUCGGGAAGGACAUGUCCAGUGAGCUAACAAAGAGUGACCUGGACACGCUGCUGAGCAUGGAAAUGAAGCUGAGACUCCUGGACCUGGAGAAUAUCCAGAUCCCUGAGGCCCCACCACCCAUCCCCAAGGAGCCCAGCAGCUAUGACUUUGUCUAUCACUACGGUUGACACAGGCAGAACUGGACAGGGACGGGGAGGAAGGGACAGCUACUGCUGAAAAGAGCCUCAGAACCCUGGAGCUUGUUCUGAGAUUGACAUCAUGUCCUUUGUUUGUACAGGACCAGUUCUGAACAUGGCAACCAUUGAUCACUAAUCUCUCUAUGCCCCAGCCAUUCCAGUAGGCCUGCAGCUUCUUGUUUCACCACCUCGUUAUGGGGUGAGAGUCAUGAUGCUGGGAUGCCAUAUGGGGGAGGCACCCCAUUCUCUCAACAGCAACACUGCAUGGCACUGGGUGAGGAAUAUGCCUAGCAAGAGGAGGAGCUUCUGCCCUGGCCACAGGGUUGGCAUCCACCCUUGUAUCCCAGAACUGUUGAGUCUCCGUUUAAUCCCACCUCCUACCAGAAAACACAAUAAAACCAUUGAGUGACUGACAGCUGCUACAGCAGAAAAUGGUGCAACGAGGGAGUCCCUUGGUCACUACAGGAGUGACACUGGUGCCUGAGGGAUGAGAGCAGAAGCCAAUGAACAGUUGGGGGUCAGCAUCCCCCAGUAACUCAUUAUUGUCUGAUUUUAUAUGAAUUACUAUAAUAUAAAUAAUAAUCCUUACCAUA